GCUUCGGACGUGGUGCCCAGCCUCUGAGCUGCCCUAGGUCUGCAGACUGGCGGGGUGUGGGCUGCAGACAUGGCCCAGCCUCUGGCCUUCAUACUUGAUGUCCCCGAAACCCCAGGGAACCAGGGCCAGGAGCCAAGCCCCUACGACGAGAGCGAAGUGCAUGACUCCUUCCACCAGCUCAUCCAAGAGCAGAGCCAGCGGGCGGCCCAGGAGGGGCUGGAGCUGCAGCCGAGGGAGCCGGGGGCCUCAGGCAGUGACCACCAGACCCUCCGGCAGCCUGAGGGUGUCCCCGCCCACAGCACGGCCACGCUGCGCAUCUUGGCCAGCAUGCCCAGCCGCACCAUUGGCCGCAGCCGAGGCGCCAUCAUCUCCCAGUACUACAACCGUACCGUGCAGCUGCGGCGCAGGGGCAGCCGGCCCCUGCUUGGGGACAUGGUGCGCUCGGCCCGGCCCAGCCUGCGCCUGUAUGACCUGGAGCUGGACCCCAUGGCGCGGGGGGAGGAGGAGAAGCAGAGCCUCCUGGUGAAGGAGCUUCAGGGCCUGUCGGUGGCCCAGCGGGACCACAUGCUCCGGGGCAUGCCCUUGAGCCUGGCAGAGAAACGCUGUCUGCGGGAGAAGAGCCGGACCCCCAGAGGGAGACGGAGGGGCCAACAGGGCCACGGUGGCGGCUUCUCCUGCUGCAGCCGGCUCAGAUACGCCUGCAUCCUGGCCCUGCACAGCCUGGGGGUGGCGCUGCUCUCGCGUCUGCACGCCCUGAUGCCGUGGCGCUAUGCCCUGAAGCGCAUCGGGGGCCAGUUCGGCUCCAGCGUGCUCUCCUACUUCCUCUUCCUCAAGACCCUGCUGGUCUUCAACGCCCUCCUGCUGCUGCCGCUGCUGGCCUUCAUCGUGGGCGCGCAGGCCGCCUUCCCGGCCGCCCCCUCGGCCACGGCCUCCGCCUGCACAGGCCUGGAACUCCUCACAGGCACGGUGAGGAGCUGUCGCCCCCUGACUGGUGACCAGUGCACGCCGCGGGUGGGUGGCCUGCCCUACAACAUGCCCCUGGCCUACCUCUUCACCAUGGGGGUGGCCUUCUUCAUCACCUGCAUCGCCUUGGUGUACAGCAUGGCUCACUCCUUCGGGGAGAGCUACCGGGUGGGCAGUGCCUCUGGCGUCCACGCCAUCACCGUCUUCUGCUCCUGGGAUUACAAGGUGACUCAGAAGCGGGCCUCCCGCCUGCAGCACGACAGCGUCCGCACCCGGUUGAAGGAGCUGCUGGCCGAGUGGCGGCUGCGGCAGGAACCCCGGAGCGUGUGUGGGAAGAUGCGGCAGGCGGCCGUGCUGGGGAUCGUGUGGCUGCUGUGUCUGGGGACCGUGCUGGGCUGCGCGGUGGCCGUCCACGCCUUCUCGGAGCUCAUGCUCCAGAGCCCGGUCGUGGCCGGCCGGGAAGUGGCGCUGCUGGCCCUGCCCCUGGUGGUCUCCCUCCUCAACCUGGGGGCCCCCUACCUGUGCCGUGGCCUGGCCGCCCUGGAGCAGCACGACUCCCCGGUGCUGGAGGUGUAUGUGGCCGUCUGCAGGAACCUCUUCCUCAAGAUGGUCGUCCUGGGGACGCUGUGCUACCACUGGCUGGGCCGCAGGGUGGGCGCCCUGCAGGGCCAGUGCUGGGAGGACUUCGUGGGCCAGGAGCUGUACCGGUUCAUGGUGAUGGACUUUGUCUUCGCGCUGCUGGACACGCUUUUCGGGGAGCUCGUGUGGAGGGCCAUCUCUGAGAAGAAACUCAAGAGGAGGCGGAAGCCUGAGUUUGACAUUGCCCGGAACGUUCUAGAGCUGAUUUACGGACAGACUCUGACCUGGCUGGGAGUCCUCUUCUCACCCCUGCUCCCCGCUGUGCAAAUCAUCAAGCUGCUGCUGCUCUUCUAUGUCAAGAAGACCAGCCUGCUGGCCAACUGCCAGGCGCCGCGCCGGCCCUGGCUGGCCUCACACAUGAGCACCGUCUUCCUCACGCUGCUCUGCUUCCCGUCCUUCCUGGGCGCCGCCAUCUUCUUCUGCUACGCCGUCUGGCAGGUGAAGCCCUCCAGCAUCUGCGGCCCCUUCCGGACCCUGGACACCAUGUACCAGGCGGGCACGGUGUGGGUGCGCCUCCUGGAGAGGGCGGGCCCCAGGGUCUCCUGGCUGCCCUGGGUGCACCGGAACCUGGUGGAAAAUACCUUCUUCAUCUUCCUGGUGUCAGCCCUGCUGCUGGCCGUGAUCUACCUCAACAUCCAGGUGGUGCGGGGCCAGCGGAAGGUCAUCUGUCUGCUCAAGGAGCAGAUCAGCAAUGAGGGGGAGGACAAGAUCUUCUUGAUUAAUAAGCUCCACUCUGUCUACGAGAGGAAGGAGAGGAAAGAGAAGGCAAGGAGCAGGGCUGGCGGAACCGAGGAGGCUGCGACACCCCCUGCCCUGCUCACAGAGGGACGGGAUGCCCGGUGGGACGGCAACGGGCCUCGCAGGCUCACCCUGCAACCGGAGUUGCUGGCCUGAGGCCACGAGGGUCCCUCUUGGUGACCUUGCUGGGGCACCAGUUGGAGAAAAGACUCUAUCUCUCCUUUUAAAAGCAGCAGCUGGGCCGAGGCUGGAACCAGAAGGGUUGGCAAGUGGGGCUGGGCACCCCCAGUGGACCCCACCCUGCCAGGGACUCUAUUUAUUCAGAUUAAAUGGGUU